AUGGCCUCCGACAAGUAUAAAAUACCUUUUAAAGUCAAUGCAGGUAAUACAAAGAGACUUGGAAGGAGAGCCCUCAUAGAAUGGGGCCUACAAUGGCUAUAUCUGAGUUGAAAUGAUGAAUAGGGAUGUAGAAACCUAUUUUAACUUAUUAUCACUAUUAUGAUUACAUGUUAUGGACCAUCUAAUUGAAAUUUUUUUCCGAUUUUAAGAAUAAUUUACAACAUCUUGAAAACAUUGAAUCAGGAAUUUCCUUACAUGCCAAGCACACAUGCAAGAAUUUGGUUCUUUGGCCUUAGUGUUUGUUUUUUAUUUUUCUUUUGUGAAUUUGGUUUUGAUUUUCGUUAUCUUUUUCAUCCAAAAACUUUACAACGUAAUCCAACCAAGGGAUCUUUACUACCUUGUUUUAUCUAUUUAUUUAAGGAUGUCUAGAUCUUCAAUUCUACUGGUUUUCAUGAUCAUGCUGAACUGUGUCAUACUUUCCCUGAAUUAUGUUGUUCUGCGUUUUGUUUCAGGCAUCAUCUUGCAACAUAUGCUAAAGCUUUCCCAGCAAAAUUCAUUCUGGGAUACUGUUCAACAUACAUAUUCAUGCAGACAUUUAUGAUUCCCGGCACCAUUUUCAUGUCAUUGUUAGCUGGAGCUCUCUUUGGCGUUAUCAGAGGCCUUUUCUUGGUUGUUUUUAAUGCCACGGCUGGAGCAUCAUCUUGCUAUUUUCUGUCCAAGUUAAUAGGCAGGCCCAUAGUUCACUGGUUGUGGCCUGACAAGUUGAGAUUUUUUCAGGCAGAGAUAUCAAAGCGUAGGGAAAAGUUGCUGAAUUACAUGCUUUUUUUGAGGAUUACUCCAACCUUGCCCAACCUUUUCGUCAAUCUGGCAUCUCCAAUUGUGGAUAUACCAUUUCAUGUUUUCUUUCUGGCAACAGUGAUUGGACUUAUUCCAGCUUCAUAUAUCACUGUCAGAGCUGGCCUUGCUCUUGGGGAUCUGAAGUCAGUCAAAGAUCUGUACGAUUUCAAGACCUUAUCUGUGCUUUUCCUCAAUGGAUCUUUCAUCAUAAUUCCUACCCUCUUAAAGAGGAAGCGAGUGUAUGAAUAAUAGCCACCGGCUGGCUCCCUCCGCUUUAUUAAUCAAAGGGAGCUUGAGAUGAUUACUACUUGACUGUAACACAGAUUAUAGGACACAAGAAAGAAUUAAGGUGCACGACCCUUGUUGUCUAGAUAACCUUAAGGCAGGAUGUGUCUUCAUCUUUGCUUGUGAUACACACCAGUUGAUUACUCGCCCUACAAAAGCACAAAAAGCAGAUGUAUUCCUUCAUUUGAUUGUUUCUGUAUGUUAAUCCGUAUGAUCUCCCAGUAGGGAUUAUAUGGGAAUUCUGGACUAUAGGUGUACUAUGGAAUGUUGAUAGUAGCAUCUCUAUACACGAUGAUUUCUGAUUGAAUUGUUAGAGCCAUUUCGGUCAUGUAUUAGGAAAAGGAUAUAUAUUUAAACACCUUCGUGUGGCCAUUCGUUUCAGUCUUAUAGUCUGUUGAUGAUCAUGUUACCAGCUUGAUAUGGUGAAAUGAAAUUUGCUUGAGAAAGCUCACGCCACACCCGAUGAAUGAAAAUUGAAGAUCCAUUGGUUAA